AUGGCGGUAGGUUGCCUGCCAAAAUACCCAAGCUUCCCAGGGGCACAAGCUGAUAAGGAUAACGAUGUUACCCCGCCGCAGAGCUCCUACCCUCAGAUUGUCCUGUUUGGCGAUUCGCUCUUCCAGGGAGCUGCCGGUCUCUCCGACGGCUUUUCAUUCCAGGCUGCUCUACAAGCACAGGUCCUCCGCCGGUUCGAUGUCGUCAACCGCGGCUUCUCGGGGUACAACACAUCCAAUGCCCUGAGCAUACUCCCUCAAAUCAUCGCGCCGCCAACGCCGGGCGGGCCAGCCCUCAAGUACCUCCUCAUCCUCUUCGGCGCCAACGACGCAUGCGUUCCGUUGCCCACCAACUUCCAACGUGUUCCUCUCGACAAGUACAAGGAGAACUUGGCCCGCAUUAUCAACCAUCCCAUCAUCACGGCGCACAAGCCCAAGAUCUUCCUCGUCACACCGCCGCCCUUGGACCAGAUCCGCGUGACAGUGCUCGACCGAGCCAAUGGACACCCCGCCGCGGCAAGACAAACCAAAGUUAGCGCGGCUUACUCGGAAGCCGCCCGGCAAGUGGCUGCCAAGCAUCCCGGGGUCACGCUUAUAGACCUCCACAAGGCACUCAUGGACAGGGCCAUCGACAAGACGCCGGGCUUCGACCCCAAGGGACCGCCGCUCGGCGACCCGGAAAGUGGCGUUCGGGGGUACCUCGAGCAUCUGUUGCCGGACGGACUCCACCUCAGCAGCGAGUCGUAUCGUAUCCUCUACGACCUCGUACGGCCCCAUAUCGGCUCUGAAUGGGCGGGGACGAAGGACGAGGACAGGGUCGCAUACGUACUACCAGACUGGCGCCAGGCGCCGUGGCUCAGCGAGGAUAGCCAUCUCCGGGGCAAGUCCUUGUAG